UCCUAAUCCCUCACCAUUGUCGCUGUCUCAUUCGCAAACAAGAAUACGAUUUGAUCCUUUGGUAAACACACAUUUUCAUAUAAGGGUAUUUCAAAAUACGACUUGGUUCAAUGUCAUUUCUCACACCGUUCAACAUGCUACAAAAAAUAAUAAUUAUCACCUUGGCCCUCACGGGUGUUACGGUGACCGCCACUCCUCACCUCACUAAAGAACUAGAACAGCCCAAUCCGGAGGCCGAUCAGCAACUCGCACAAACCCAAAGCCUCACAGAGAACUUAUUAGAGCUACUCGUCCAAGACCCCCAAGCAAUAAUUAACAAUUUGGCCGUACUAAUAAGCAACAACUCUAAUCCGGGUAUAGAAGACGUCUUGGAAGCGAUUAACGGAGGCGUAGGUGCUCAAGUAUUCAUUGUAGAUGAUGACCUGGUGCAACUGAACCCAGACGCUUUCGAGAAUGCCGCUCUAAAAAGUGUUCGGAAACUCUCGAAAGUCUUGUACCCCAAAAGUUUGGUGGAACAAAUCAUAUUUACUAGCAUGGCCCAGCAGAGGGUUAAAUCGGCCUUUAAAGUCGCACGUCCCAUCAUAAUCGAGCAGAAGAUUCCCGUGCAAGUGUUCGAAUUGGCUCUUAGGAACUCAGAGGCACCUUCAGAGGCCCAAAGGGCUUUGGUGCAGCAACGCGAUAUCUUAACUGACCUGAUGUCGACCGUGCAAGAUUCAGUGUGUAACACUUUAGUUGCCACUCUUUAUAACACAGUGAAUUCCACUUUAACUGACGCCCUAACCUUUUUGCAAGGCAUUACCAUAUCUACUAGUGACAGCAACGUUUUGACCACAUUACUAUCUACCGUUGUCGAGGCAGUUCUUACUUUGGUCGAGGAUCUUGUUAGCUCAGUAGAUAGUUUGGCUCAAAGUUUGUUGAGCCCCAUAUGCUCGAGCCUCACAAGCGACACGUCAUCGAAUUCCACUUCGAGGAAACGACGUGAGGUCGAAGUAACCGCAUUGGAUGGUCCGUUAAAUCGUAGUUUGGCCACCAGGGGAAUCCUCGAUUCUCUUUGGUCACUGAUAUGGUCUCUAUUGUCGCCAGUUUUAAACGCGCUCAGCACGUCAAUUGUGCAGAGUUUCGUUGAGCUAAUUCAGACUUACGCGGAUACUUUGAUUGAUAGUUUGGCGCAAAUCGUUUAUGAUUUUAUUGAUAGCGUAUUUUAAGCAUUGUAUAAGAAGAUUAAUAAAUUAUAUAUAUAUCUGA